CAUUAUAAAGGUGCGUUGGAGUAAACGGAAACUGAUAAGGGAAAUAAUGUAACAAACUCCAAAAAUCUGUAGAUACAUCAUCUGUGAACAGUUGCAGACGACGCGUGGCAGUGAAUAUGAGAAACGAUAGCAGAUGGCACUGAAUGUUACGCUAUCCGUUUCCGGCCACGUUAUGUUGACUAGCAAGUUUAAGUGAAAAAUAUUGAUAAUUUAAAGCAAAAGGGAACAAAAGAACAAUUCUGUCAGUUUAAAUGUUUCCUUGACUAUCUAUUAGAAUGGGUGAACCGUUAUUGUGGACUGUUAUACCAGUGAUUCUAGCUGUUAUAAGUGUAGCGGACGGUGGCGAAUUGACUUUCGAGCUACCAGAUAAUGCGAAGGAGUGUUUUUACCAAGAAAUUAAUCGAAAUGUUACGUCAACGCUCGAAUUUCAGGUGGUUACAGGAGGGCAGUACGAUGUGGACGUCCAGCUGCAGGCUCCCCGUGGGGAGAUCAUCUACAGACAAGUGAAAAAGCAAUUUGAUAGCCACACAUUUAUCUCUGCUGAGACAGGCAUAUACACAGCCUGUUUCAGCAAUGAAUUUUCCACGUUCUCCCACAAGCUGGUCUAUAUGGAUUGGCAAGUGGGAGAAGAGAAGCCUCUCCCGGGCAUUGGAGAGCACAUAACUGUCAUGACACAGAUGGAGUCUUCCUCUGCAGAAAUUCACAAAGCACUGAACAAAAUUAUAGACUACCAAACUCACCACCGCUUGCGAGAAGCUCAAGGCCGCAAGCGAGCAGAGGAUCUGAAUGAACGCGUCAUGUGGUGGUCAAUUCUGGAAACAGUUGCCAUACUGAUUGUUACCAUUGGCCAAGUGUUUAUCCUGAAGAACUUCUUCACGGAGAAGAAACCAUCUCAGAUGUUGCUUAACCACAAGUAAUGGCCAUGCAGGACAAUUGCGGCAUCUGUUGAGCGACUGGAAAAGUGUCUAUUAUUUGCUUGAGCUGGGCGUGUGAAAGGGAAUAAUGUGCCUGCCAUUUCGUAAUGUUGGGUCUGGAUUGGCACGGAGACUAAAUCAAAAUCAAUCAAUCUGUUGUUAGCAUUUUGUUGCUACUGAGUCCUGUGUGAUUGGUAGUUUGAUUUAAAAAGAAUGGGAAACUGCAGAGAAAUAUGUUAACUUAUCAAAAUUGUAGUGUAUACAUGUACAAAAUACAUGGUUUGUUUUGUUUUGAGGGAUGUACUCAUUUCAUGAAGUGGAAUUGUGCUUUACAUCUCUGUGUGUGAAUGGUUGGCAAAACAUGCAUGCAGUAACAUUUUCUAUUUCUCCUUCAUUUUUUGUUCUGUAUGUGUGCCUGAUGAAAUUUGGUGAUUAAAGUAUGCAGCGUCUUGA